UAAUACAAGUUACCAAACAGGGCGUCUCUCUCUCUCUUCCAUGCAUGAGUCACUAUCUCUUUUUUUCUUUCCCAGCACUAACUCACAGUAUUCCAGAUAGGAAACCUAAAGACGAAGAAACUCCCCCCACUCAAAACCCUAAAAAUAUAUAAUAAAACACAAAAGACAUUUGAGAAAAGACAUUUGAGAGAAUGUUAGAAAAAAUUUAAAAAACUAAACAAGAAUAAAGUCCCUGCUCUCUCUCUCUCUCUCUCUCUCUCUCUCUCUCUCUUGUGUUCUCUCUCCUCUUCACCUCUCACUAGAAUUCUCCUAGCCUCCAUAUAUUUCCCUGCAAAAAAAUUCCCAUCAACCUUUAUUAAAGAUAGAUAAAGAUCACAACCAAGGAAAACAUGUUCUCCACAUCCGUUCCAGUCUUUUUAGAUCAUCCCAAUUGGAACCAGGAACAACAACCAGAUCACCAAUUACAAGGAUAUUGUGGCAGCCAAAAUUAUGAACUUGAGCUGCCCCCGCCGCCCCAAGUGGCUGGCGGGGGUGCCCCGAUCAAAGCUAACUCAACGGCUGAUAGAGCCCGGCAAGCUAAACUACCACAGCCGGAGGCAGGUCUAAAAUGCCCCCGGUGCGAUUCUGCUAACACAAAAUUUUGCUACUUCAACAACUACAACCUCUCUCAGCCCCGCCACUUCUGCAAGACAUGUCGCCGGUACUGGACUAGGGGAGGCUCCCUGAGGAAUAUUCCUGUAGGCGGAGGUUGCCGGAAAAACAAGAGGUGCAAAAAUAAAAGUAGUUCAAAAUCUCAUCAUCAAGCGAUGAACAUCACAAAGAGUGCCAGUACUAGUACUCCCUCCAGACGCAGCGCUGAAACACCGAAUUAUUUUCUCACUCCACCACCACAAUUGCAAAUGCCCUUCACGGAUGGUAUACAAAAUUGUGGUGGGGGCAACUUGGGUAUUGGUGGGUUUCAGCCAAAAAUCGCAACAGAAGGUGGUGGUGGUGGUGGUGGGGAGGCUUGUUUAGGGUUUCAGAGUGGGAGUAGCGAUUUCUUAUCGGUAGGAGUGGCGGAGCAGUGGCGGUUGCCUUUCUUGACCGGCCUUGAGUCGUCACGGGCGGAUUUUUUCUUAUACCAAGGCCAUGAAGAUGUUGAAGCAAGAUCUGGCAACAGCACUAAUCACCUGCAGGCUCCAGUGAAACUGGAAGAGAACCAAUUAGGGCUUAAUUUAUCAAGUAGUGAUCAGUUUUGGGGUGGAAAUCAAUGGCCAGAAUUCUCAGGUCUCAAUCCUUCUUCCACUAGCAAUCUCCUCUGACCAUUUCUUUGAUUGUUUUUGCUAGCUAAUUAUAGUCUGUAAUUAAUUAAUUAAUCUUUAUGUGGUUUUUCUUUUUCUUAUUUAAGUUUUUCAGAAGCAAUGGUGACUACUUGUGUGCUUUAAGCUGUGUUUAAGGAAUUGUGUGUGAAAAUGUGUGAUUUUGUUUUGUGGCUGAUUUUCUAUGAGAAAUGAUCUGAUUUGAACUC